AAGAAAAUGCUACAUCAGCAUCAGCCUCCUCCUCUUUACAAAAGAUGAGUAUAGAUGGAACUUCAAAAGAUAAAACUAUAGAAGAUCAAAAAGAAGCCCCGACAGCUAGUAGAAAUAAUGAUAAUAUGACUGUUGAAACAGAGGAAGUAGAGCCUAUAGCUUCAACUUCUAUGAAUAUAAAUGUAGAAAAAACUCUAGAAACUCAAGAGGCAACUUCUGCAGAAAAUAAUAACCAAGAACUACAACAAGAUAAAGCCUCACCUAUGAUUAUUAUUGAUAACAAUAAUCAUGAGCUUCAAAAACUUGAUCGCACUGAAGGAGAAUACAUAGUAGCCACAAACAAAAGGAAAAAAGAUAAAAAGAAA